AUGGCCUCACCGACAAAGUCGCCUACUAAGCCUCGUGCAGACCUCCGUCGAGGUUUAUCGAGAUCCGAGAACGAGACCACGCCCGUCACCCCUCCUACACGCUUUAUCUCCUCCAACUUAUCUACUCCAGGCUCAGCCUACGGCAAGGAGGACGAUGCGGUAAUCAUAGAGUUGUCACCUCGCUACCUGAAAGCUGGGAUCGAGGGAGAAAGCCACCCACAAAUUCGAUAUGACUUCACACCUGAGAAAGCGCAGAAAUUAGGUGAUUACAGACAGUAUCUGCCAGGCUAUACACGUCAGGAGAGCAAGAAUGGUGCGUGGGGAGAAGGUCACGAACUAUGGAGAAACGAUCUGAAGAACUUCGACCUCGGGUUGUUGUCAGACAAGGUAGAACGGGCUGUGAGGGAAAUCUACAACAAGCACCUUCUGCUAGAUACUGGUCACGCCAGACUCGUGCUUGUGGUACCGGGGCUGCUGCCGCAUCCAGUACUUGCGACAAUUCUACAGACGAUUCUUGAAAGAUGGAGUUUUCCUACCGUUACUCUCUUCCCCACUCCAGUUACUGCACUGGUUGCAGCGGGCGUGCGGUCUGGGCUUGUGAUCGAAAUUGGAUGGGAGGAGACGACCGUUACAGCAGUAUACGAGUACAGAGAGGUCUUUGCUAAAAGAAGCACAAGAGCUUCGAAGCUAUUGACGAGGAAGUUCGUGGAAUGGGCAGAGAAAAGGCUCCCUCAUGGAUGUAUGCUGGAUCUCGAGACUGUAGAAGAGUUUCUUGCUAGAAUUGCAAGACAUGUAUGUGACGACAAGGAGAAACAGGCUGCCGAUAACACAGGCACAUCUGAUACCAUAGACGUUCAAUGGCCUACGAGCAGCUUUACACAACAAGUCACAUUCUUGAGGAGUGAACUGAAGGCAGAAAUUCAACAGUCACUGCUGGGCAAUGACAUUGAAGAGGAGGGACAUGCCGAUGAUGAGGAGCUUCCUGUGCAGCAAGUCAUAUACAAUGUCCUCUUGAACCUGCCUCCAGACAUCAGGGGUAUCUGCAUCUCUCGAAUGAUGUUCAUAGGAGAUGGAGCCGAUCAACUAGGUCUCCAGUCCCUAAUUACCAAGAGCUUUUCUCGUCACCUCGAAGCAAAAGGCUGGUCAACAAUACAGGGCAAGAAGGUGCGCAGGAGACGCGAAGGACUAUCAGAACUGGCACAAGGUCGUGUACAGCCUGUUGACGUAAGACAUAGCGAUACCAUAUGGACGGAGAAAGCAGAGACAGAAGAGAGAUAUCUACGUGAGAAGCACAAACACAUUCAGCCAGCUACGUACGGUGUGGUACGACAGAUAGAUACGUUAGGGUCAUGGGCUGGCGCAAGUCUUUUGGGCACAUUGAAGGUGAAAAGUUUUGUCGAGAUCCAGCGAGAACGUUUUCUUUCGCAUGGGCUGGUAGGUGCGAGCCGAGAUCUAGAUCUCAAUACGCAAACAGCCGACACUCCUCCCGCAUCGCCUACUUCACCUACAGAGUACGAUCAAGCGUUGGCUAACCGACAGCCACGCAUCCAAAUCGAUGAAAAUGGCGUUCAUGACUUUGAUUUGAGACGGCGCCAGAGCGAGGCGGCUGGUUCCAAAAAGUUGAGAAAGUUUAGUCGACAGAGUCAACCCAACAGUAUCUCUUCGAUGACAGACAUAGAACGAAUACCAUCCAACGGCAGUGACACCAGCUCUCUUCGCAAGAGAUUUUCUGCGCUACUCCCUGGUGGCAAGAGCGAAGUACAAAAGGCGAAUAGCAUCCGAUCAACGCGCACAUCCCUCGAGGUUCAAGAAGACCCGCUGCCUGAGACGAAGAAGGAGUUGGAGAUUCGUCUCAACCAUCAUUUGUCUGAGCUCGACAUUCUCAAGAAAACGAUAAACUCGGCGAACGAUGUCAUACGGCAGCAUUAUGAUCGUUACGAGAUCAUGCAGACACGAGGCUUGACUGACAUGACACGUGCUAUGCAAAUGCAGGAGGACUUGAUACAUCAAGCCCGGAAGAACCGUGACUCGUGGGUGGAAUUUGUGUCGUUCCAUCGGCGACAGAUAGUAAGAAUCAAGCACAAGCGGAUCGAGAUUGAGCUUGACGCGGGACUCGAGCCAACGCUACCACAGGUGUACAAGCAGUUAUGGGGGGAUGAUGAAUGGAGUCGACUUUUCAUGUCUUAG